AUGAGUGAUGGCUCAGCAGAUAGAAAAGGCAAAAUGCGUGCCCUUGACAUUUUAUCAAAGCAUUUGCGAGGGAAAAACAGUGACAAGACCACUCCAACAAGAUAUGGUCAUAAAAGUGUAGAACUGGAAAGUAUACUACGAAAGGACAACAUUGUUAGUAGUCCUUUAGAAUCAAGGGAUCAUCAGGAGUCUCAGAGAAUCAAUAACCCUCAUUCUAAUACAGCCUCACCUACUCCAAAGAGAAGAAAGCUCAAUACCCAAGCGAUAUCAAGUGACAAUAAGACGAAACAAGUACUCUCAAUUGGGGAGUUAUCGCACCCAGAUAUGCAGUCAACUCCUGCCAGGAGUCGCAUCAUGAAAAAGGAUAUUGGCGACCAAAAUAUGUCAUCUAGUGAAAUCUAUUCACCGAGCGUUAACAAAUCAGUCAGCUUUCUUGAUGAAAGUAAUAAAAACUCCGAAUCGACAAGUUCCAAUUCUUCUCCAAGGCAUUCACCCACAUCUAAACCCAAAAAAUCCAUUCUAAGAAACUCAUCUUCACCUGAGCAUAACAAGCAGAGAAUGAAUGACAAAUACGGAAAACCGAUAGCGGCUAAUGUACAUUUGUCUCGAUCUGAAAAUCAUUCUAAAAAUCAAUACUCACCAGAUAAUUUACAGUUCUGGGGAAAUGGAGAGAUACACAGCCUUUCGAGUAAUAAUUCCGUAGCAGAGUUUGAAAAGCUAUUUUUGGGGGCCUUGAAAAUAUUAAUGCAAUCGAAAAAUCCUGAAUAUGGAGCUAAAAAGUUUGAAGUGCAUGCCACUAUAAAUAACAUUAUGCCAUCUUUUUCCAGUACAACAUCUAAUCAAUUUAUUGAAAAGGCUGCCCAUAUUGUGAAGGACAAUUUGAAGAUAAUUGCCAAUAUAAGUAUCGAGCACCUACGCGAUGAACAAAACUCUCUUUUACAAGACAAGGAAAAAAAGAAUCCCUUUAGUAUCAGACUUUACAUCCAAAUUGUGAGGUUUUUUACUAAUUUAUUUGGCUCUUUUAUUAUCAACAAAUUUCUUAUCAGCAGUAAGGCUUUAUGCGAAAGAAUGAAACAAGUUUAUGAGCUUUCUCUUGAAGCUUUGAAAAACGAGAACUCUAAUAAGAUGAUGUUGAUAUGCCAAAUGACGUUUUUGAGAGAUGAGAAGCUCAGUUAUAUAAGUUUCACUGAAGAUGAGGGUAAACAUAUGAUUCAAAUUAUAAAUCAAAUACGGGACAUACCUAGUACCAAUGCCAUUUGUGAGAAAUUGAUGUUAAUCAAGCAGUUUUUAAUUAAGUUUCCUGGACCUAUGAUAUCUACAAUUCCAGAAUGGCUUCCAACACAAGUUAUUUCAAAGAUUGUCUUCUCUGAGGAUGUUUACUCAACAAAAACCGGAUUUACAGCGAUUUCGGUACUCUUAGAACUUCUUAAGAGAUGUAUUGAUCACUCAAUAGGCCAUGAAUAUGUAUUUCAGUGUUUACACAUCGAUUCUACAGCUCUGUACUUUGGAGAUUCAAAAGACAAAAAGCUACAGUGGUCUAAUAAUACUUUGGAACAAACAUAUGACAUAAAUGAGACUCAUCUUGCAGCUAUUCUAAGAGAUCAUAUUGACUACCUAGUUAACUCCAAGAGAGAGUAUAAAUUGGCAAUGGACAUGUGGUUAUCAUUUAUGGGCCUCCUUUUCAAUAGUAAAGGAAGGCUGGCAUUUCUUGCAUCAAAAGAGGGUGAAAAGUGGGUAGAUAUCAAUCUGAACUGCUUAUCGGUGAACGAUCCAAAGUGUAGGAUAUUAUCACUUAAGGUAUGGAGGAUUCUUAUCUAUUGUGUGACAAAUAAUAUUGAUUUUCUGGGUGAAAAGGAAGCUAAAAAAAUUUCUCAAGUACUUUUGAAUCCUGUUAACGUUACCGUUAAUAAACUAGAGGAUAAUAGUACAUUUAUGGGAGUUAAAUAUUUGCUCAAUGACUUUUUUUUUAGUACCUGCGGGAUAACUAACAAAUGUAAACCGACUACAAAUAUAGUACUUUGGGGGAAUUUUAUAUUUCCGAUGCUCGCAACGCUACUCAAUUAUUCAGCAAAUGAAGAUGUUAAAUUUGAGUUAGAUACGUAUAUCGGGAAGCUUUUGACUAAAGCUAUUCAAAAUCAGAAGAAUGUAGAUAAAACAAAAUCUCUACAUCCUAUAAAGGUCAUAGCAUCAGAGGGCGUAUCCGUUGAUGAUAUAUCUGCUCUCCAAUUAUCUCAGCUUCCCUAUUUGCUAGAAACAUUGGGCUCUGUCAUUCUUCUAUAUGUGUUGAAUAGCAAAUCCCAAAAUCAUAGUCAGACAAGAAUGCUAAUAUUGGAAUACUUAGAACAGAUACCGAAUAAUCAAAUUACUCUGUCCACACUUUGUAGGUGCAUCUCUAUGUUUUAUGAAUACUACAAUAGCAUCGAUUUCAUCGCAAAUUCUCCACGAUCCCUUAUCUCUGACAUGUCAAGAGUCUGUAUUAAAUUUAAGGACAUUAUUUUUGAUGAUAACUAUAAUGUUUUUAGGAACUUCAUUCUUUCAUUUCUCAUGCUAUUUCAAGAAGAAGAACAUCAUGUAGAUAAUCUACUUCAAGAACUCAUACAGAAUGCACUGCAGGCAAAUAUAUCGGAGUUAAAACUUAUUGAAGGCAUUUUGUCUCUCAAGAAAACAGAUUGUGAUCUGUUUGCUAUUAAUUGGGUUGGUAAAAAGUUACUCUCACCUUCAGUUCAAGAAGGUGACUUUAUUUUAUAUUCUAGAAUUGUUGCAAAAAUCAGUGAAAAGCAAACCAUUGUUAACUUUCUCGAUUUAGCUGAUAAACUGGGGUUUGAAGUAAAUCCCACGGAAAUACUAAGAAUUAGUUUUUGGAAACCAUCUGGACUUGUUAUUUUUCUCGAGGAAUAUAUCGCAAAACAUCAUGUUGACUUUGCUGAUAUUGUGAGCUCGAUCAUAGAUGCUGAUAGAUUAAAUAAUGUGGAACUUUUUAGCUACGUUCUUAAGCAUCUACCAGAAAACCAGAAAAGUGCGUUUAUUAAGCAGCAUUAUACUAAGUGUCCUCUUAUCUGGAAUCAAGGAGUGUUGAUUGAUGAUUAUGAUCUUAUUGACAUUACAUUGGACUGUGAAAUAUGCACAUUUAUAGCCCAUCAUUUCUCAUUUCUGUCUACUUCCUCCAAGGCAAAAUUAUUAAUCAUAUUCAUUGAGAAAGAUAUGUAUGACUUGCUCGUUCAAUUCAGAUACAAUUUGAUACAGGAAUUUUUGCCAACCCUAACUAUAUAUAAAAAGGAUGACAUUAUAACCACAGUACAGCAACACUUAAUUAAUUAUUGCUUUGCAAAAAAUAGUUUUGUCUUGCUAGAUUGUAUUGAACCAUCUACAUUGACGUCAAGGACCUUAGAAGAUGUUAUUAAGCUACUUGAGAAAUCGUAUGAGGACAACAUUACAUUUGUUCCGGCCAAAUAUAUUAUUUUUAUUGAUAACCUACCAAUGGAUACUAAAAUUAAUACCACAGAAAUUUUAAGAGUGUAUCUGGUCACCGGCGAUGUUACACAGUGUUUGUUCUUCUUGACAUCAUUAAUUAACGAUAAGAAAAUGGUUCCGUUAACUAGAUGCCGAAAUGAAGUUUUCGAUUUCUUUAUUGCCUUGGAUUCUUCAAAUGACCUAAGCAUAAAAGCAAAAGCAGUUACCACUUUUGAGAGUUUAAUUAAUGUUAUCUUUUUACUAAGAAAGAAGGUGGAUAUUGGAUUCUUAUCACAAUACAUUGCCAGAUUACCAGAAAGACCAUCCAGAUAUCUAGUUGAUUUAUCAGAGAAAUUAAUAUUAAAUAAAUCAUUCAACAGAAGUAAGUUCAGAAACUCUUCUAGCUUCAAUGAUUUACACACACACGUUAGAACAUGGUGUAACCAGUUAGAUAAUACGUCUGGAAGUCCCAGGGAAACUACACCAAUCUCAGCAGCCCACAUCAAUGACCAUAUAAAUAAAAAUGCCUUGAGUCUUGAAAAAGAUAAAGAUAAUUUAACAAACAAUACUGAACAACAGAAAAAUAUUCCGAAUUCAAAAUCUCAAGAAAUCUCAAAAUUCAGUAGUAACAUAGCAGAUGCCAAUGAUCUACCUUCUAACACUAGAGAAUCUAACUGUGAUGGGUCCCAAAGCACUGAACCAGCUGGAGGGAAAAUGAUAAAAAUAGAUAAAGGGCAAAUUAGCGCAGAUAUGAAGAAUAACAAAAUCGCGCCAAGGCAAAUUUCUUCUAUUGCCAGUGAACCGGAUACUUUAGUCAACUCCAAUAUUGACAAUAAAUCUAUGAUUGAAAAGGGUAAAAAUGGCGAUAAAACAGUUAAUAAUAAUGCAACUACUAAUGAUUUUGAAUAUCGGACAUCUGAAGAUCCAAUUGUUUCCGUUAAUAUUCCAAUUUUCAACUCUAGAGUUUCAGGUCUCGAUAAAUUAAAUAAUCAAAAAAUUUCAGAUGAGUAUGUUAUUAGUAGUCAUGACCUAGAACUUGCCAGAAAUGGUUUACAAAACCAGGCACAACUUCAUGAUAUGCAUGAGGGAUAUAAAAAGAAAUCUGCAAAUCUAUUGACUCAACAUAACAUGAGACCACCAUUUGAGGAUGUUGCUAUUCCAACUCAUAAAGAGUUGAAGAUUCCAAUCUUUAAUUCAUUGAUACUUAAAAGUACCAACCAACAACCAAUGAUUCCUAACUCUCAAAGAAAAGUGCAAUCAGAGGUUGCUAUUAGAAAAAGACCACUCGGGAAUCCGAGCACACAAGGCCAAUACACUGAUAUAGAGAAUGAGAGAGUUCGUGACUAUGAUGAUAGUCAAAGUCUUGAGGAUUCUGCUGACAUACGACUACAUUUUCCUAACAAACGUGCUCGCCGUAUCGUUUCCAAACUCAGAGGAUUUAGUGAAUACGACAUGGGCCAGUUAUCUGCAGAAGAAAAGCGCAAUUUGAGAAUUGAGCUUUUGGAUUUCCUUAUGAAAAUCGAAUAUCAUACCAUAACCGAUUAG